AAAAAAUCCCAUGUGAUCAAUGUAUGUAUUUUUAUGGGAAGAUAGGACAUUUAAAAAAAAUUAAAAAUUGAUUCAAUUGUUUGUUGUGAUCGUUUUCAUUGAAUUCCUUUUCAUGGAAAGUGGGUGAGAAAGAAGGGAAAGAAGCCAGCGUGGGCUGUUUUAUUUAUUUUUGUGAGUGAAAAAAAAUCAAUGAACCCCUCAUUGUGGUUAUUGUGCCAGCCCAGCUGACCAUGCAUUCCCGUGUCAAAAGUAGAUAUAUUAACAUUAUAAAAAUUAAUUGACAAUUAGAGUGAAAUUGGUUUCUUUUUAUGUUACUCAGGUACUUAAAAUUUAGAUAUGUAUUUGAUGAUUUCAUGAAAAGUUAUAUUUCAUACUUUUAUAGCGGUAAUGCAUCGAAUUAGUGUUUUAAACAUGAAUAUUUGAGGAAAAAUGAAAAGUUGGAGUAAUUUUUAUAUGUGUAUAUAUAUAUAUUCUUUUUUCUCUCUCCCCUAAGCACCUUUCUUCUAGCUGUCUUCUUAUCUUACUCCCCCCACCACCAGGAAACAAAAGACCAGUGGAGAGUUUGACAGUAUAGUUUCUCCAAUAUUCCCAUAGGGGACCUCUUAGUGCAAUUGCAUUUGCAAAUUUAUGUGAGAUUUUGAUUUAACAAGAAGCCAUAGUGAUGACCGUUAAUCUAUGUCGGAUAGAAUUCUACUGUAAUUUCUGAACCCCCUCCAACCCCGAUUGUGCCUGAUGCUGUUUUAUCACUUCUCAGUCUCAUUCUUAUGGCUUGAUCUGCUUGGAUUUGGGCUUUUCUUGAUUAAUAAGCUAUGCCCCUUUCAGUUAAUUUCAUAUUUAUUGAAGGGGAAAGCAUCUUCUUUUUAAGCAGCUGGAGUUAUUCCAGUUAUGUGUGGGAUUCAUGUAAAGGUUAGGCUGUUAAAUGUAGUUUAGUUCUAUUUAUGGAAAAUCCCAUCAAUGUGGUCUAGUUUGGAAGGUUUGGAUGGAUAUAUGUGAAUCAGAGAGACGAUUGCCAAAGCUUGCAGCUGUGGAUACCACAAGGCCUCCUCUUGUUCCUGCUGAAAAAAACAAUGCACCACUCACGACUCGACAGCCUCGAACUAGGGAAGUUAGUUCCAGGUUUAAAUCACCCAGUCCUUCGACAACGUUUGGUCCCAGGCGUUGUCCAUCUCCAAACCUUACUAGAACAACCUCUACUCCUUCCCAGUUGCCGCAAAAUAGAGCUGUAUCAGCUGAGAGGAAACGCCCCUCAACACCACCUUCGCCUCGAAGUCCAUCUACACCAGUUCAUGAUUCAUCAAUAGCUGUGCAGAUACCAUCUAGAAGGCUAUCAACAGGCCGCACACCUGAAAGUUUAUGGCCUUCUACUAUGAGAAGUCUUAGUGUUUCAUUUCAGUCUGAUACGAUUUCAAUUCCUGUUAGCAAAAAGGAAAAAGAAAAACCAGUUACUAAUGUUUCAUUGGAUCGUACUUUGAGACCUUCUUCAAAUGUGUCUCAUAGACAACAGUCUGAGAAAUCUACCUUAUCACGAAAGCCUACUCCAGAGAGAAAGAGUAGUCCUCUUAAAGGGAAGAAUGCACCUGAUCAAUCUGAAAAUGCUAAGCCAGUUGAAAGUUUGCCUGGCCGAUUGAUAGAUCAGCAUAGAUGGCCUAGUAGAAUUCGUGGGAAAUUAUCUUCCAAUUCAUUGAAUGGCAGUGUGGAUCUGGGUGAUAAUAGGAUUGUCAAAAGUUUAUCCACUCCAGUUCCAGGAACUGAGUUAUCUUCACCGAAGAGGAUGCCAAUGUCUGAUAGUUCGGGUAAACCUCUAAAGAAAAUUGCUAACGAGACUACCAGUUUGUUAUCAUUCAAUGAAAUUAGUCGAAUAAGACCUGAGGCAAUUUCAAUUGAUGAUAAGUCUAUGCGAGUAUCUGGACCUGCAAGGCUCCUUUCUGCAAGUUCAUUGGACAAAUUGGCACUGGCAACUCAUGCGCUCAAAUCUCUGUCUUUGUCUGCUCCUGGAUCACGACCUCAGACACCAAAUAGGACCUCUGUUUCUAGGGGUGCCAGUCCUUCUCGGGCAAGGCCUUCCACUCCACCUCCAAGAGGGGUCAGUGCAACUACAAGGGGAGUCAGUCCAUCUCGGAUGAGGACAUCCACCUUAUCUAGUCAAUCCCACAGCUCAACUUCAGUUCUUAGUUUUAUUGCAGAUAUUAAGAAGGGAAGAAAAGGUGCAAACUACAUAGAGGAUGCUCAUCAACUGCGUCUUCUUUAUAAUCGAUAUUUGCAGUGGCGAUUUGCUAAUGCCCGAGCAGAAGCUGUACUGUACAUUCAGAAAAUUACUGUAGAGGAAAUUUUGUACAAUGUCUGGAAGGCUACUUUGGGUCUAUGGGAUGCCGUGAUCAAGAAAAAGAUCACUUUGCAGCAGCUGAAGUUAGAGCUCAAGCUGAACACGGUUUUGAAUGAUCAAAUGGGGUAUCUCAACAAUUGGGCACUACUUGAAAGAGAUCAUAUAAGUUCUUUAGCUGGAGCAGUGGAAGAUCUGGAGGCAAGCACUUUGCGUCUUCCCGUAGCUGGAGGGGCAAGGGCAGAUAUCGAAUCAUUGAAAGCUGCUAUUUCCUCUGCUGUUGAUGUGAUGCAGGCUAUGGGCUCCUCCAUUUGUUCUUUACUCUCAAAGGUUGAAGGAAUAAACAAUUUGGUCUCCGAGCUUGCUGCAAUAGCUACUCUAGAGAAAAACAUGCUCGACCAAUGUGAAGCUCUCAUGGCUUCAACAGCGGCUAUGCAGUUAGAAGAGUACAGUCUUAGGUCUCAUCUCAUACAAACAAAACAAGCUUUGGAGAGGAAUAAGCAACCAAUGAUGGCAGCCAAAACAUUAUUUCCAUGGCCAUAAAAAAAAAAAAAAAAAACAGCUGGUAAGCUAAUAAUAUUCUGCCAAUAUAUUAUUAUUAUCAUAUAAAGUGAGAUGAAAAUUAAUUACAAAAUCUCUGCUCUGCCGGCCCCUGUAAAAUGUAAAUUUCCCCCCCUUUUGUUUCUAUUUUCCUUUUUUAACUUAAAUGGUAAUUUUUUUCUUCUUUCAUUUUUUUUACCCUUUCAAAAGAUGGAGUUACUGGCUCUGUUCUUUUUUCCUACGUGUAAUUUUUGUAUUACCAUAUGAAGAAAAAAAAAAAAAGGCAAAGGAAGCAAAAUAUUUGAGUUCAAUGCUGAGGGAAAUUUUAAUUCGAGUCUUAACCUAGUUAAUUUAUGUAAUUAUUUCUAAAAAAUGGUAUUUAAUAUUAAGGUUUGUAUUUUAGCAUUUGUAAAAUGUAUUCGAGUCAUGAACCUAAUGUGAAUUUCAACGUUGAAGUAUUUUGUCAUUAAAUCAAUGUAAUUUGACAUAUUAAUUAAAAUUAGUAUAUAAAAAUUUUACGGUUAAAAA